GAAAAGUUUGAUCAGCAUUUUAGAAGCUCGUUGUAAAAUUAAUUUAUUUUAAAGUGCGUCUUAUUUGAGCUUUUACUCACUCGAAGGAAUAAAAGUAGCGUGUGUUCUCAGCGCUUUAAGGCAGUAAUAAUAAUAACCUUCAGUGCCGUUUGCGCGGUGAGGAGGCUGUGGCUCCGCCCUGCGGGAGCUGGGGUGUGAGUGACAGCAGAGAGACCAGGAGUCAACACAGGCGGCCGGACGGACCGGCCUCGGCUUCAGAACUGGUGAGGCAGACGAGGGCCGCUCAGAACUGGUUCUGGACUGGAAACCGGCACUGCGCCGCUAACAUGGAGAGCAGACAGCACGGUCUGCUGGAGACAGAGCCCCUACAAGAAGUAGAUGAAGAUGUGGUUGCAGAGGUUGACCUGAACAACAGUGUUUCGGAAGAGGAGAGAGAGGAAAUACAAACAGAGCUAGCUAAGUUAGAAGAAGAAAUCGCUGCACUGAAGCAAGUCCUGGCUGCCAAGGAAAAACACCAUGCUGAGCUUAAACUGAAGCUGGGAAUGAACCCAUUGAACGACCUGAAACAGAAUGUCAGCAAAAGCUGGCAUGAGGUGCAAACAUCCACAGCGUAUAAAAAGACACAGGAGACACUGAGCACUGCUGGACAGAAGGCUACAGCAGCUCUGAGCAACGUGGGCACAGCCAUCAGCAGGAAGUUCGGUGAUAUGAGAUCACAUUCAAUUGGCUACUCUAUUCGUCACUCCAUGAGCAUGCCUGCGAUGAGGAAUUCACCCAGCUUCAGGUCCUUUGAAGAGAAGGUUGAAAGCACAGUAUCCACGUUAAAGACAAAGGUGGGUGGAUCCAGCAGCAGCAGAGGGAGUUUCGAAGAGGUCCUGUCGUCCACCGCCCACGCCAGCGCCCAGGACCCCCCGGUGGCAGUGAGGCUGCUGGAGAGCGGAGAGAGGACCUGCUAGCUCUGCGCUCACGCGCCUGACCACACGCUGCUCUGGGGGGCAGAGACCAACACCCCCUCUUUCCCCACAGCGUAAAAUGAAACUACUCUUACAUCCGGUCUCCCGAGUGGCUCUGUCUGCGUACCAGCUCAAAAAGGAGUGAAGUUAUCCCUCCACUGCCACAUUCUCCGAGUUAUUUUUAUGUAUGCUUUUCACAAUCUACACCAAAGUUCAGGAGUCAUUUAACAAGAACAGUAAUGAAAAUACUCUACAUUUACUUUUUAAAUAAACCCCCCUCCCCUAUCUUUUGGUGUUAAAUGUAUAAAGUUAAAUUUUCCUUGUCAUUUCCCUAUUCAUCAGAAGAAAACGUUUAACUUUUUUGUACCAAGACUUAAAAUACUGUAUAUAACGAUGCAAUCUUAUAAAUAAGUAUUUGAGUCAUACAAUCACCUACUGUAUACCCCCGUAAUUAAUAAACUGUGAGUCCCUUAAAAUGAUUAACUUUAAAUCUUCUGUUCCUUUGUAUAUUUACACUUUGUGACUUUAACAUUCUUAGAUUUGUAAGUAUUUUUGUUUCUAUGGAUGAAGGGCAAAAGUGUGUUUAAGCCUGUAGUAUUGUACUGAAGGAUUUAAAACUCUGAGCAUUGUGUGUACACUUUACUCCUUUUAUUAUUUAUGUCUUUCAGUAAUGUUAUGUACUUCUGCUGCAAACCUGACAAAAUUUUAUUAUAUGUGCUUGUUAAUCUAGUUUCAGAAUAAAGGUUUUGCAUGUGACUGGA